AUGAUGAUACGCAGGUAUUCGGAUUUGGUUAUUGUUGCUUUAUUACUUAUCUUCGACUUUGUACAAGGAUCUCAGCUUUCAAAUAUCGAAAGUCGGUAUAAUAUAAUAGACUAUAAUGUACCUGAGUUGGAUUUAUCAGGUAGUCGAAAUAAUGAGUUAGUUAUAUUUGACGAUUUUGAGAGCUUUGAUUUAUACAGGUAUAAAGGACAGCAGGAGUUCAGUAAGAAAGCCGGAAAUGAGAGUGAUUGGUUGAUUUAUUAUUCUAGUAACAAAUACGUACGGUUAGCGGAAAUACCAAGGGGUACAGUAAUAAAAAACAUUGUACCAUGGGGAGAAGAUAGUUUUAUACUUAGCGGUAAUGGGAUGUUUAUGGGUCAUAUGUUGGAGAAUCAGUUACUUUUUAAUCUAUCUAGUUCUGAGGUAACAGAGAUGCUUGAUAACCCGGUGAGCGAGGUUAGUACUAUUCUUCCCGACGGAGAUACUGUAUACUUUGGAGGACAGUUUUCGUAUUCAGAUGGUGAUCGAGAAGGAAAUGGUGUAGUGCAGUGGAAUUCUCAGACGAGAAGUUCAUCGUUGUUACCAUUUUAUGGGUUUGGUAAAGACUCCGUGGUCAACAAUAUUGUACGAUUAAACGACGACAGUAUUGUUUUCUUGGGCAAGUUCUCUACCAUCGAUAAUAAGGAGCUAUUAGUGAGUGCAGGCUUGACUGGUUCUAGCUAUUCUCCCAGGAAUAUCUCAGAUAUCGAAGUUAAUGCUAAAACGUCUUUAAGGUAUUCCACCUUAUCUGCGAGCGGGGAGUUGAACCGGAGUAGACUAGUAUGUCCUUCCGGUGCUAAUGAUGCAUGGUUAUUGGAGUAUUCUACUACUGGAGAGCUACAUGUUGGUUUAGUCAACCAAAUAACUCCUUCUAAAAUUAGAAUAUACAACUCAAGAACCGCCGAUAACCAGAUAAAAGUAUUUAGGAUUCUUACAGCUCCAUCGGGGAGUAUUAUGAACCUAACUUACGUUGAUCCUGCUACAGGGGAUCUUCUAACAUGUGAUGCAUGGUGCCCAUUGCAAUCUCGUGCGGAAUUGACUAGGCUUUCGGCCAAUAGAUCUUCGCAUGAUGUUGUCAGAUUUGUGCAAAACAAUAAAGUUCUUUUGAAAUGGACUCCAGAAUAUCAAGAGUUCGCGUUUGUGAACCAUGUUCCAACGGAUGAGUUAUCAUUUAUCGCACUUGGUUCAUAUGGUUCGAACGUAGGCUUAUAUGGAUUGGAGCUUUACCAAAAUGAAUAUGAUACAUAUAUCAACAACACUUUGAACCAGCCAAACUGUGUCGAUCAGGGAGACUCAAGUUCUUCCAGGAUAUUGGAUAAUUCGGAGUGGUAUCAAGGUUUACCUGGUGCAUCAUAUAUGGCUACCUCAUUUACUAGUGGUAACCCAAGUGUUGCUUUUAACCCGGUAAUUCCUUUCCCCGGUAUCUAUACAUUGAACUUGGUUACUCCAGGGUGUCUGGAUGAUAACACUUGUAAUAAUCGAGGCAUUGUUAACGUGACUGUUCGGGCCCAUAAUGGUACCGUGUUACUUACAAGGUGGAUCUAUCAAAAUAAUGAAUAUCUGAAGUAUGAUCCUUUACUCACUGGUUAUUUCACAGCUACCCCAACCAUUAUAAUAGAAUGGGUAAGGCUGAUUAACCCGGCCGACUUUUCGAUAAUGACUGCCGAUAGGGUUAGUGCUAUUAUAAAUUCUAUUGAUGUAACAGAACUUGGAAUUGGCGGUUUAAAUGGGAUCUUCCAAUACGAUAAAUCUGUCGCUAGUACAGGUGGACUUCCGCCAUUUAGUAGAUCCAACCUUAACUAUUAUCCACUUCGAAACUUCCCCUUGGAGGCAUCUUUGAAUGGUCAACUUUAUAACGGUUCGUUGUACAUUGGAUCCGCGUCUACUACUGGCGUAACUAAAUUUGCUCCAAGAAGCAACGGUUGGAAUGAAGUAAUUCCAGAAAGGUUGGACACAAACAGUCCAGUUCGUAGAGUAUAUCCAUAUUCAAGAGGAUUGGCUUUCGUAAGUGACACUGAAGUACUUUCACUAGACUCAGGUUCAUCGCUUUCCCCAGUCGCAACGUUGCCAAGUUAUAUUCAAUCAUUUGUCAACGUUACGCUAGAUGAAGGGGAGUUGCUUGUUGUCAAUAACCAGGCUAUUUACAGCACUUCGGCGGGUACCAACGAUCCAACGGAUGCCCCAUAUGAAAUGUCACUAUUAUCAGCAGGUGCUAACGACAACUCAGACACAUUACUCGCUGGAUGGAUAACAAACUUGAAGUACAAAAACCUUAAUGGAUCUGUCGCCAUAAAUUCUAACCAGGAGAUAACUACGACUGAUUUACCUUGGAUAUCCAAUGGAACAAUAUAUCGUGGACUAUACUUGACUGACUCUGAAACAGCUUACGCCUAUUAUUCUGACGAAUCUGGAGCCAACUCCGCAAGCGGGGGUAUUUUCAUUGAUAAGUCUGGAGAUCGUGAGUUCAUUUCAACAGAAAACACGGUCGUAAACGAUAUGCUUUACAUUGGAGAACUGAGUCUAUUGGUGUUAUCAACCAACUCCACUUCUAACCAGACGGCAGCCUUGCGUUUUGUUAAGUUAAACUCCGACGCUAGUCCCGAAACGAGAAAGCUAGGUAGGAAUGAACAUAUCUCUUCAAUGCUUUCUUUUGCAAGAAAUAACACGCUAUUAGUUGGUGGUUCAUUUUCAGUUGAUAACUGCCGUGAUUUAUGUUUCUAUAACUUCAAUGAAAACACCUGGUCACAAUUCUUGGAUGGUGACAUUUAUGGAGAUAUACGGCAGAUCAAAUUUGUUAACGAAACGAAUAUAGUGAUUGCAGGAUCUGUUACGACACCUACUGAUUCAAAUGUUCAACUUCUAGAGGUCGACUUAGUUGAAAAUAAUAUAAUUGCUCACCAUAAAGAACCGAACCACUUACCAUUUGAAAGUGUAGUGGUGGUAGACAGCGCUGGCGACAGCUUUAUUGCACAUGAUGGCCAAAGAGUAUGGCGCUAUUUCGACCGGCAGUGGAUUUCAAUAACCCCUCCAUCCAAUGGAGAUUUUCAGAUUACCGGCUUAAGUCAAUUACCAAGGAAAGAAUCGUCAUCGUCAAAUAGAAAAAGGGAUACAAAUGAUCAACUUUUUUUUAUGCAAGGAAAUUUGAACACCGCUGAUUUUGGCUCUGUUGGGGGAAUGUAUUAUGAUUUCCAAGACUGGAAUCCUUACUACAUUUCCGUUCCUAGAGAAAGUACGGGUAAUACUAGAACUAUUCCUAAGGGGCAGAUAUUUUCUAACCAGGAUAUAUCGUCAAUCUCCAAUUCUGAUGCUGCUCUAUCGGAUGGUUCUUCAGGUACAAUUUUCCCACCUGGGAAUAGCGCCCGUGGUAGAUUCAGAGGGCCAAUGGGUAAGGGAUAUGUGGUUAUGCUUGCUUUGGGUAUGGCGAUAUUAACUGUGGCAUUAUUGACUUUAAUUGGUGUUUUAUUGGCAUAUGUAUAUGGUGAUCAUGAUGCAUAUGAACCUCUAAAACCUAGAACGGAUGAAGCUGAAAUGUUGAAGACAGUACCGCCCGAAAAGUUGAUGAAGUUUAUAGGAAAUGGAAUUUAA